GGACACGGUUUGACUACCACGUCACUCCUGCUUUGCAUAACCGCCGGGGCUCGCGCCUUUGAUUGGGCCGGCGGUGGGAUUUAAUCUGCGUUUUCUUUUAUGACCGCCACGCUUCGCCUUCAGUCUGCAGCCGGACUCCUCCGCCACUCCUCCCCUUCGGGUCCGUCCUUCAUUAAGGGGAGCAGCCCGUCGCCUCCUGCCGCUGCUCAAACGUGAAGGGAAGGACACGAGGAGGGACGCCCGCCGCUGAAUGCGCGGCUCUAUUGUUAGUUCAGUAAAAUUUACGGCUUCGCCUGCAUAUUUAGUGCGUUUCGCGUCGUCUUCGGGGCCGAAAGGGGCCGACUGUUUGUUUCCUCGGGAGUCUUAACGACGGCUGAAAGCAGGACGUCCUUGUUAAGGAUAAGAGGAACUGACCAUUCAGGACAGGUGUGAGCCCGUAGACGUAGAUAUCGGCAUCAACUCUAGCAGCAUCCACACGUUUCUGAAGUGGGGUAUGAAACCGGAUGGGGUUAGCAUGGAAACCACAGAGCCCAGUGAAGGUGAAGCUGCUACUGUAACAGAGCCUUCCUCAUUACAAGAAAACAUAACUGAACAAGCCCCAUCACAGGCAGAUGAUGUAGCAAAUGAUACUGCAUUAACAGCUGCUCCAAAGGCCAAUGGCAAACCAGUGCCUGCGCAGGCCAAAGUUAAACCAAAAGCUGGUGGGCCUCAAACGAAGCUUUUGGCCUCUGCUGGGGCUUCCAGCUCACGGCCUGGUACUGCCUCAAAUCGCACUGCGAAUGAUGUCAGAUCUGCCUCCGGUGUUUCUGCUGCUCCAGGCAAGAAGACUGCAGCAACAUCUACGGUAAAAACAUCUUCGUUAGCAGGAGCUGUACCCAAAAGACCACUGGGUACAUCAGCAGUUUCCACAACAGCCAAGAACCAAACUAGAGUGCCUGACAAGAGGUCUGCUGGACUUGCCAGGACUACCUCUGUUGCUGCUGCCACAGUAACAAAUGGUACCAAACCAUCAGUGAAUGGCACACCUAAGAAGAAACUUGCAACGGAGACUGUUAAUGGAGCUAAACCCAAAACUACAGCUGUUGCCAGCAGAGCCCCUUCUACUGCUCCAAAAACCAGUGCUUUGACCACAGCUAAAGCUGCUGGUCCUGCUGCAUCAAAAACCACAAGGCCUUCUCCAGGUCUCUCAACUUCUAGACCUACGUCCGCUACAUCCAGGCCUCCCACAGCUACAACCAAGCUCUCCACCGCUGCAACUGCCAAAACUGUUUCCAGAGUUAAUACAGCACCAUCUACUGGCAGGACCACAUCAGCACAGCCUAAACCACCACCAGCAGCUGCUGCUAAGAAAGAUGUCACUCGACCACCACUUACUACAGCAGUCAAGAAACCCACAACAGCUGCAGCUGCUACUACCAAAAAACCCGAACCCUUUAAACCUGUGGCCACCGUAAAGGUGAGCACUACAUCUAAAUCAUCCACGACGAAGCCAGUGGACUCAAAGGCAUCACAGUUCAAACCAACACAGCCUGCAAAACAUGCCCUCACAAAGAAACCCGUCGCUUCUCAACGAUCACUUGCCACUAGCAGACCACCCUUUGCCCAAACGCCACCUUCCUCUCCAGCCAACAAAGCGGCAAACGGCAUGCCCUCUAAAACAAAACGUGGACCCAAACCCACUCAGACUGUCCCACCAUUCUCUGCCACCAAGAAGAAAGACAUUUCAAACACUACCACAUCUGCUGAAGCGUCAGAGAGUAACGCAGCUGCUGCAGUAGCCGCUACUGCAGCUGCAGUUGCAGCUGGUACUGCAGCAGCAGCUGUGCUAACUGAAACGCAAGCAGAGGCCAAAGCAGCCUUACCACAAGAGUCAUCCUUUGCUGCACCAGAGGAGGUGCCUGCCCCAGCUUUGCCUCAGGAGACCACUGCAGAGAUGGCACCUCAAGAGGCCCCUCAAAGCCAAGAAGUGGCUCACUCUCCUCCACCGUGUUCUGAGACAACCUUACCAGAGAAGUCUCUGCUCAAAAAAGAAGUUGAAGGCAGUGCUCCCUUAACAACAACAGCACAGGAGCCAACCCCUUCGUCAGUCAUGCCUUCAUUAUCACCUGAGGCCUCAACUCCAGAUUUGUCAGAAGCGAAUGUUGACUUGUUAACAGACCAGGCCUCCUCUGCAUCUGCAGUCCUUCCAGCAGCGGCAAAUGCUGUCCCUCAGAUAGUCCCUCCGGCCAAUCUAAAUGAGGAAGAAGAUGAAGAGGAGAGGGAGGGAAGCCAGCUGGUUUCUGUGUCUGAAAUGAGUGGAACCACACAGCCCACAGAGGAGUCCCGUCCUGGGUCAGCUGGACUAGUCGGGGGGUCUGCUUGGAGAGCCGGUGGUGCCUUGCUCUCUGAGCUGGACUCUGAGGAGGUGAGCGGCAGUCAGCAGGGUGCAUCUGAACUGAGCGCCCCUGGUGUCCUGGAGGGCACAGAAAGCACUGAUGAUCUGGGAGAUGGUAGUCUCAAAGGAGCCAUUGACAUGGAAGGAGCCUCAGCAGGUUCUCCUGACUUUGAGAAGGUUCCUGACAUACCAGUUAAUGAUUUUGAUGAAGACGAAGAUGACGAUGAGGACGAGAAUGAUCGGGUGAUUGACAUGGAUGUAGGCUCUGAGCGGGCAGAUGAACCGCCAAGACCCAGGCAUGACAAUGAUGUAGAAGAGGAGGAAGACGAUGAUGUGGAGAUGGCGAGUGAGGGGGUGACUGAAAGUGGGUUAGAAAGCUACGGGAAUGCAGAUGAGGAUGACUUUGCUGAGGAUGAAAGGCUGGACAACUUGAACAGGGUCGCCCAACCACCACCUCCGCCGCCUCUGCUGCCUGCUGCACCAGCUGCUCAGUGGGACCAGCUAAACCCUUUUGCAGAUCCCUGGGCAGAACAUCAACCUCAACAGCAACAGCGGGUUCUUGAGCCUGAGCUGGUGGGAGCAGCUGCAGCAAGCCCUUUAGCAGACCCUUUGCGAGCAGAUUCUGAGACCCCAACUCAGACCUCAGCUCAUGCCUGGCUGGAAAUGGGAUCUGCCCCUUUUGUUCAUGAAAGCUUAGAAGUUCCCCAUCAUUUGUCUAUCAAAGAGGAGCCACAAAAUCUAGAGGGCCAAAUGUACUUUGAUCAGACCAAUACAGCUCCAAUGCAGACUGCGCACCCACCCCCCCUCUCUGCACCUGGAAUGUCUCUGUCAAGCACCGUUAGCAGUGAGACCAGCACACCUGAGGAACUGGGGGACUAUAACCGAGACGUAAAGCUCCAGCCACAAAGUUCACAAACCCCAGUGCUUUCUCCACAGCCUGAUCUGGAGGGAGGAGAUGAGGAAGAAACUGAGCCAGAGACCCUCCCUGCUGAUGAAGUUUUGGGAGGCCCUGCAACUGCCCCAACCUCCAACCCGUCCUCAUCCUCAGUAACAGAAGAUGAGGCCAGUGACACGGAAGGAGAAGCUCAGCUGGAUGAUUCCUUGGAGACGCCACUAGUCUCCAACAUAACCUUUGACAGCCAGCCUUCAGCCCAGCGCUGCCUGUCCACUGUGGAAGAGGGAGAGGAGGCUGAGACGGAGACAGAGGGCCGUGCAGGGGAAGACACCACUCCACCCUCGGCUACUUCACUGGCAUCCUAUGGCUUUGACACAAUCACCACAACUUCAAACUCCAACGCUCAGUCCACAGGGGAGAACUGUAUCAAAAGCCCUGGUAUUUUCUCCUUGGAGGAGCUGCCCGAGGAAGCCAAGGAGUCCUGUUUGAUCCCACAGCCGUGUCUCGCAGAGCAGCAGUACAUAGAGUGUGGGAAGCAGGAAGGAGAGUCGGCUCAACAUGUCAGAGAGGAAGCGCCGGGGUCAGAUGAAGCGCCAGAUCGUUCAUCCACUCACCGUUUACAGCAACCAGAGGAAAACCUGGAUGAUGCCCAGCCUCCAUACUAUUCUGCUGUGUGUGAUAAAACUGAGGACUCUUUUGCAGGCUUCACUGCACUACCGCACCCUCACCGCCGCGAUCACGCAGCAUACACCAGAGCCUACUAUGACAUUAUCAAACCUCACAGCGUCGGCGUUACCCCACCGAGGUUGACCUGUGCCGACCUCCCUCCCAGGAGCCUCGAGCAGCAGGCGCUGAGCCCUCAGCUCCGCAGGCUGGAGCAACAUCAGAGACAGCUGCAGGAGCUGGAACAACGUAGGGAACAACAGAGCAAACCACUUGAGGAGGCGGAGCAGGAGAGGAAGAGGAGGCAGGAAGAGGAGCAGAGAAGGAAGAAAGAGGAAGCUGAAGAAGAAAUAAAGCGCAAUAAAGAGGAGGCAAGGCGGAUAAAGGAGCAAGCAGAGGCAGCCAAGAAAGAGGAGGAGGAGGAGCUCAGACAGAGGAGAGACCUGGAGCUGCAGCUGCAGCAGCAACAAGAGGAGCUGAAGCAAAGGCAGCAAAUCAUGCAAUGGCAGCAGGAGCUACAGCAGUCUAACAAAGGUCAGACGGUGUUGCUGUCCCCCUCCUCUGCCCUCUGCACCAUCUACGAAGCCCUGGAGAACAGUGAAGAGGAGGAAGUGGAUGGUGAGGAAGAAAUAAACGAGCUAAAACCUACUAAACACAAGGAACCUAAGCAAAAGGACGUUCACCAUCCUUCCCAGGAUGGAGAAAGUUCCUCCCCUUCCCAGUCUCCAGAGCGGCCUCCACCCUUGGAUCUGGACUGGGGGAAGAAAGUGGACAUAGUCCAACAGCUGAUUAAUCAGACCCUGCUACUGAAUGGAGAUAGUUGCUCCUCGCUGCUGUUGUUGCCAGGAGGUGCAGGAGGCACACUAAGCCCCCUGGAGAGCAGCAUGUGGCCCAGUCUGCUGCCUUCACUCGCUCCUCCCUCUGCCACGGUCACCUCCGUGAGUAGUUUCUCCCCCGAGGCCACGGGCAGUUCGCCACAGGGGGAGUGGACGGUGGUAGAGCUGGAGACUCACCACUGAAGGACCAGUCACACAUUCAUACAGGGAACGUGACACAAGUCCUGCCAGUUUAUGCACACACCACAGGGUGACGAACAGUCUACUGUAUAAACUCCCGAUAUUCACUCCUGGAGAAGAGCCGUAUGGAUUGAGGUAAACAUUUUGGGCUGGGCAUCAUCAAUAUUACAUAAUCUGAUAAGGAACAUAAAUGAGAUCACACUUAAGUCACUUGCAAUUUUCAGAGUACACGAAGGGAUCACAAAGGCAAAUUGUAUUACUCUGCCCAGACCCAUGAUCAUGUGGUGCUGUAGAUCAGUGGUUCCUAACCAGGGUGGCGAAUGACUUUGUUCCACGCACUCCUUAUUUUUUUAGACUUUCUUUGAAUCUUGUUUUUCUUCCAAACUACUGAGUAUGUCUACUUACUGGGGGCUUUGAAAGCAGCUAAAAUUCAGAGCUGUGGCAAAAAGUGACCAAUGUUAUUUUUAAGAGAGUGUAAGUCCAAAAAAGUUUGGAACCACUGCCCCGAGUUAAUUUCAGAGAUGAUGGUUUUUCUUCCUGUACUGUGAAAACGAGCACAAACAAAACUGUUACCAAUGUUUGGUGGUGCUACAGUUGAAUUAUUGGCUGGUUCUCCAAACACGUUGCUGUUAAUUAAUGCAAAAAAGUUAAUGAGUAAGACUCUCAGGCAGUAUUUAAGAUGGUAAAUUAAACUAAAUGGACU